GAAAGAUCGCGUCAAUCAUUUUAGUUUGAAUUAAUUAUGCAACUUCGUAAAACUCAUACGACAUUAGCAAGCUUUUAAGGCGAAUACAAUCCAGCCCGAAGUGGCUUCUUCGCUACCCAAAAAAGUUCUGUUAAUUUAUAGUGUCCAUAUCCGUUCAGUCCAUUCACACUUUUCUCUCUGGUACUUCAACCUCCCUGGGUCGGUCUCUCCUUAUGUCAACCCGCCCUAAUCCCAAUCCUCAAAGCAAUGGGGAAGAAGACGAAGAGGUUAGCAAUUAUGUACCCAGAUUACAGAUUAGUAAUCCAAUGUUUUCAGCUCCAACCUGUUUUUGAUGAUCAAUUACUUAAGCUGCAUGUUGCUACUUGCUAAAAUCAGAAGCCUGCCUCUUUCUGAAACCUUAUUUUCGUUAUAUAGAUGUAAGCUUGAGAAUCAUAAAAACAGUCAGCUUAAAGGUGAAUAAAUGUAUGACCGUUGGAGUUGUCAAAGCCUUAGUGUGUGAGAAAGAAGGAAUACCAGAAUGCAUGCAGGAAUUGUUUUACAACGGCAAUCACCUUAAGAAUGACAGCAAGAUGGUGGAUCAUGGCAUCUCUACUAACUCCACUCUCAAUGCAUAUGUUAGUAACACAUUACCCCUGAACUUAACUAUCAAUAUACCACGCAUACGUAAAACUGUAUUGGUUCAGGCAAGAAGUCAAGACACAGUUCAGAAUAUCAAGGCUUUAAUUGAGGCCAGGGAAAAUAUCCCUUCCUCUUGCCACUCUUUGGUUCAUGCGGGAAACCUGCUUGAAGAAGACAAAACGUUGGCGUUUCUUGAGAUCCGUGGGGGGGCAACGCUUCAUGUGGUUUUCAUUCCCCAGGGUAUGUUUCAGAUUUCAGUGAAGCUGUUAAACGGAGAAGUUGUGAAAAUGCAAGUGAAUAUGAGGUACACCAUACUUGAUGUAAAGGAGUUGCUUCAAAGCAUAGCUGGAUCGCCAGUGGGGGUUCUCACUUGCGAUGGGAAGAGUCUUCUGGACAGUAUGACACUUUCACAACACAGAAUUUCAAGUGAUUCCAUUUUAGAGAUAGCUCCACCAAGUGCGGAGGUUUGCCAGAUAUUCAUAAAGAGUGGUGGCAAAAGUACAGCUUUUGAAGUCCGCUUAGGGGACUCGGUCUUGCAUCUGAAGGAAAUGAUUGGUUCCAGGACAGGAACACCGGUUCAUGCGCAAAGGCUUAUGUUCGAGGGAAAGAUGCUUGAGGAUGAAAAGGAUUUGGCAAGCUAUGGUGUUCGUAAGGACUCUAAUAUACAUUUGUCAAUUUGGUUAAUAGGUAAGGAGUAAGCUACCCACAACUGACAUGUCUCCCCCGGACUCAAAUUUUGACUAAUAGUUUUUCACCUUAGUGAUGACGUAAGUUGAUUAGUCAUGUCCUAGAUAAUUAUAGUUAGUUAAUGAUGAUGAUGUCCUAGAUAAUUAUAGUUAGUUAAUUAAUUUAUGAUUUUGUUUAUUUUUCUCUCCUCAAUACAAUUUAUUAUGUCACUCAUUAUAUUAUUGUCAGUUUAU